CCUGAUGCAUUAAUACGACGUAGUAUAAGUGCACCUGAAAUUUCUAGCAAGACUAGUUUUAGCGAUCUUGCCGAAGCAUAUUUUAAUUCUAUGCGGAAAAUGCAGGAAGAAAAUAGACUUAGCCAUUGA